AUAAAUUCGUGCCGUCCGCGGCGAGCCGAGCCAGGCCACGGCGCUCGGCCUGCUGAGAGAAGACCUGCCCGGACGGCAGUGACAAUUUACCCGACAUCAAUCGUCGACGGCAAGCUCGAGAACUGCGCCUCCAAAGUCGCCCAGAUUCGCCUCUCGCGGCGCGCUGAGUUAGUAUCGCCGGUGCGCCAGCCGGCUCUGCUCCACAGCAGGGCAUGCCUGACUGGCUCCUGCUAGCCGUGCGUCCUGGUGGCAUCCAUUGCCAGCUCAGGUAGCCUCAGGAGGUCGCCUUGCGCACGACUCGGUGGAGCCGACAAACGCCGGCCGGGUCGGCCCCGCCGCCCCCAUCGCCGCCGCCGGGGCGGCGGCGGCCUCGGCGGACCAUCCGGCGCGUCGCGCGCCCGACGGGGAGGUGUUCACCACUCCUGGCUCCUCACCCCGCCACGCCUUCGUGCGGACGCCGUGGCACCCACCUCAGGCGCCGCCCGGACUCGGUCGACGGCCACCCAAGUGCUUGGCUCGUGCCCAGCCGACCGGCAGGCGAUGCCCACUCACUGCUAGGCUAAUCUCGGGCUGUCAAGCGGCGGUGUGGUGCCGUGAAGGGCACCGGGACCAAAACUACGACGAUUAGUACCGUGCGGGGGCAGUGCAUUUAAUUCUGUCAAAAAUCGAGAUGUGC